CAAAUAGCCAAAUGAAGAAGACGGAAGAGCCAUUGGCGCUGGAAAGAAGCGCCGCUGGAAAGUAGUCUGAGAGCAGUGAAGAAGAACCGCAACGGCAUUUCAUAGUGUAGCUGAUACUGAUAAGCCUGAAUGGAUUUAACCGAACAGAUUACACAGUUGGAGGCAGACUUGCAGGAGCUGGGGUCCCUCUUGGAGAAGGCAGAGAGGAAAAGAGUUCAAGAUCUGCUUAAACAGGAGCAGAAAAAGGUGGAGAAGGAGCUCGCAGCUAAACGACAACAAAAAGAACAACAGGCUAGGAAGGAGGCAGACCCAUCUGCAGCCACUAAGGCAGCAUACACCGUCAAGAUUACCAGCUAUGCAUGGGACCAGUCAGAUAAGUUUGUCAAAAUUUAUCUGGCAUUGAAAGAUGUGCACAAAAUAUCAGCAGAUAAUGUGGAGGUCAAAUUUACAGAACGGUCAUUUUCUGUGCUGGUGAAGGAUCUAGAUGGCAAAAACCACGAAAUGACAGUUCUGAACUUGUUGUAUCCAAUCAAUGAACAGGACAGUUACAAAAAGGUAAACAAAUCAUCUGCUGCUUACUCAGCUUCUUCUCCUCAGUCCAGCGGCCAUGAGAUAAAACCCAGCCUUGACGAUAAUGCUGACCCCGGCGAGGGCCUGAUGAAUGUGUUGAAAAAGAUUUAUGCAGAGGGAGACGACGAGAUGAAGAGAACAAUCAACAAAGCUUGGACAGAGUCCCAAGAGAAGAAAUUAAGAGGAGAGGAGAUGAUGGACUAUUAAAUAUUGCCACUUUUCCACAGCAGGACCAAAUGAGAGCUCCAAAGGUUGAAGCAGGCAUUACUUAAUUAUUGAAAGUAAAGUCUACAUACACCGCUCAUAAAUAAUUUGUUUAAAGUAAUGUCUAAGCUCGGGAUGGCCUCAAUUUGGCCCUGCUUUGAAAACCAGGCUGCUGGUGUUCUUAGUGAUGGGCUACAACUCAUCUGUCACACAAGUAAAAGGAUGGAGUCCAUCACAUGAUGACCUGAAGACUGCAAGAACGCACACAUUUCAUCACAGCUGACAUUAAGAGUCCAACCUGUGGGUAGAAAGCAGGGAAAAUGUUGUGUGCUUCCCCACUUACAUACAUUCCCCUAUGUGUUUUGUGAAGUCGCACUUAAAGGGUUAAAGGACCACUGCUCAGUCAUUUCACAGCUCUUGUUUUUGUUUUCCUGGCUUGUUUCAAUAAAAUGUCUUGUUGUGGUUUAAAUUGGACCAGGGUAAAUGUAAUUGUUCAUUUUCAAUGGUAGUUGAAAAUCAGUACAGAUUAACUUGGCAAAUAUUUCUUUCUUCCUUUUUUUGUCAACUAUAAAUUUGCCAAAGUUCUCUUAAUUACGAAGUAAACCAGAGGAUAGUUUUCUUUAUGUUUUUAAUCUUUACAUCAGCUGUAUGAUUUUGUAAAUCCACAAGUAAGUCAUGUAGCAUACAAAGACAGUAAACUAUCUUGUGUCAGCCUAGUGUAAUACUUUACUGCAUGCAGGUAUGUUUAAAACUACAUUUUCCACAAUCCUUUUUUUAAGUUGCAUGUUCUGAAAUACUUGAUGUGACUGAUUUUUGCAGAUUUGUUUUCCGACAUUGUGAAAAAUGUGUGUUUUCACUUUUGCUGGUUGUUCUCUGCUCUCAUAAAUACAGCUGUUGAACUCA